GGUUGUCUCACUCGUGCAUCCGAGGCCGCCCCUAUAUGCACUUGAGGGGUUGCUCGCUUGACAUCUCGCCUUGCUCAAGCACUCUGCCUGCUUUCAAGCCACAGCAUUCUUUCGUCCUGACUCCGGCAGCGUCGCGGUGCCCUAAAGCAAGCUACCACGCCAGCUUUGAACCAAAUCUCCCAUUACCCUAAUGUUAUCGAAUAAUACACUCGCGACACCCCGUCCUCGUCCACCUGCUAAGGUGAGACGUUCACCUUCGUUGAACUUUCCACCACCACCCCCUUAUGCGCCGCGAAUGGACAUGUUACUGGAUUCUCCGAUCACCGUCACUGCUCAGCUAGUCAACUCUCCUGAAACAGAGGCGCCGGGGUCCACACCAAACAUCGAAGAGUGGAUGAAUGAGAAGUCACGGGGCGAACUCUCUGACCUCUUGCUGAAAGCAGGCGGCCUGAUCAAGUCGAGGGAGACAGAACUCGGUCUAACUUCUGCCCUGUGCAAGACUUUAUACCAUGACAAUAUUUCGUUAAAGACUAGGCACGAAGCUUUAAUAGCUCGCCUUCCCCCUCAUUCGGCCGCAUCUCCUGGAGCAUCUUCUCCGGUUUCCUCUCAUCUUCCAUCCCCAUCACCACUUCAUUCACCACAUUAUUACAGUGACAGUCUACCUCUAACGCCCGUUGGAUCGCCGCCGCCAUCUACCUCUUCCCUUUCUUUUGCACACCAUAGUCGCCGAGUCUCUGUCACCCCUGGAGAGAUCGCACACUUGGCAGACCAAAACGCCGAACUACUUGACAAGCUUCAGAAACUCGAAGAGGAAUCUGAAAAAGCUGAUCAAGCUGGUAAGCGUAGGUUGCGCAAACUCGAGAAAGAAAUACAAAUUCUGAAGGAUGAGCUCGAGAAUACUCAGGCUCGAGGAAUUGAACUAGAGCAGAAAGCUAAAGUAGCUCUCGAGUUGACUGAUGAUGAAGUUCAAAAACGGAAAGAAGAGAGGGAGGAACGUCUUAGGAACUUGCGAGAGAAUUCCCUCCCACUUUCCGACUCGCUGAGUGAGGUGAAAGAUUUCGCCCCUGCACCGGAGCUUCCUCGAUCCAGUACUCUCAAGACCAUCCCUGAACUUCCUUCCGCACCCCCAACACUCAACCUCACUACCAAAUCCACUCUGUUUGUUCUCGAAGAGGAUAAAUCUCCAGCCCCAUCCUCAGCAUCCUCAUCCUCAUCGUCUUACUUCCCUCCAUCUCGGCCUCAUUCCUCCCCUCAGCUCGAAUAUGCAUUGAUUUCACAGCUUCUUUCCAAGAUCCGCGAGCUCGAGGAGGCCAAUUCUCAAAUCAAGAAUGAGCAAGCGGCAACUUCUGAGCGACUACGCACGGCUCAGCGGGAGUCAGAGAGCAUCCGUCGUGCUUAUGCGUGUUUGGCAGAAGAAGCUGGUGAACUGAGGGUUAUUGUUGAGGAGACACCUGUUCUUCAGGCUGCCGUGGCACUAGGAACAGGAGAUACCGUGAAGUUCAGUAGCCUUCGCAAGACCAUUGAGGGAGAUAUUGGUAGGCUCUUUGACAAAGACAGCGAUGAUGAGUUUGCUAGUGGCAUCUCAACGGAAAUGCAAAGUACACAUCGCAGCGUUUUGGUGCCACAACCUAAUAUGCCUGUCUUCAGUCACAGGCCUCGCAAGUCAGUGGUAGGCCUUUUUGACGACGAGGGUGGUCCUGUUCAGGGUUCCUCUUCAGAGCCAGACUAUCCACCUUCAUUGAAGGUCUCUUCAGCGUUCCGCACUCCUUCGCCCUUACCUGGAGAACUAGGGGAUAUUUCUGUUUGGUCUACUGCAGCUACCGAAGGUGUGAGCUUCGCUUCGCCCGUGUCUCCUACACACGCGCUUUCGUCGACGUACCCCGCCGGCAGUCUCGGUACGAAGCAAACACUAGGCAGUGAACUCGGGUCCGAGUUCGGUGACGACUGGGGCGAAAAUGCCGGAAACCAUCACCUCCGUGCAAGUAGCCUCUACAACCUUGCAGGGAUGAUGGCAUCUAGGGAAGGAUCCCCGAUUGCAUCUCCCAUCGGAUCGCCGCUCGCGAAACCUGCCCUUGAAUUACCUACGGUACCCGCAGGCACUGCUUCAGAUUCGGUUUGGGAGGACUUAGACGAGCCACCUGCACCCUCUAUCACGGGAAGCGUAACGCCUACACGUAAGAAGGGCAAAGGUCUAGAGCUCGUCAUUGACCCUCCAACUCCACAAUUAUCAUCGCUUGCAGACAACCCCAGUCCCUCAAUCCCUGGUAGUCUACGAGACCUUCGGUCAAGUCGGAACUAUAGGUUGUCUCAGACUGUUCGCGGACGAACCAAUCGGUGGAUAGAAGGACGCUAUACCGACUCUCCUCAGUCUAUCGCUCGACGCCGAAAGCCCACCCGACCUUCUCAUGCAAAUAGAGCAUCGGAUGCGUCAAUGAUCUUUAGCGAGACCUUUGAUACUGUUGUGAGACAGCUUUCGUUUAACGGAGCCGUGACGGAGGAUGACGAGCGCAUCUAUAUUGAGGGUGACGAUGCUGACGAGACUGUCCGGGAGGCUCAUGCGCCGUCGGCGGAAAAGUCUGUAGUGCUUCCGCCUCCGAAAAAGGACGGGUUCGUAGGGUUCAUUCUGGAGGUGUGGCUAUGGUUGCAAUUUGCUAUCAUUGUGCUUGUAUUCUUGUGGGCUAUGGCCAGACGGGGACCGAAGAGCAUCUUGCAUGAAGCCGAGACGAGGAGACGGCAAGGCACAGUGACAAAGCGGUAAGGAAUUGUAUUGUUGAUUUGUAUCUCUGGCCCCUUGUAGCAUCUGAACACUACCAUAUUAUUUCCCAUAUACACCGCCGCUGCGUUGCUUUUGUGUGGCUGCGCAGACUUGCAGCAAAGAAUGCAUCAACGAGCUGAUCGAUCAGACUAUAAUUAAACAUGAACCGGACAA